GAUCUAUUUGCAUUUUUACCAACUUUUUCCCCAUUUCUCUCUCGCCUUUUCUCCGCCGCCCAUUUCUCUCGUCGAUUCAUCGCUCUUCGACCUCAAAACAACCGAAGAAAAAAUGGGUCCGGGUCUCUACUCUGAAAUCGGAAAAAAGGCUAGAGAUCUUCUUUACAAGGACUACCAUACAGACCAGAAGUUCACAAUCACUACCUACACUUCGACCGGAGUUGCAAUUACAGCUUCUGGCACGAAGAAAAAUGAGUUGAUUUUUGGCGAGAUCCACUCUCAGCUGAAGAACAAGAAUGUCACAGUUGACGUGAAAGCAAACUCAGACUCAAACCUUUUAACAACAGUUACAAUUGACGAGCUUGCUACACCAGGACUCAAGACGAUCUUCAGCUUUGUUGUCCCAGAUCAAAGGUCUGGCAAGGUUGAACUUCAAUAUUUACAUGAUUAUGCUGGUGUUAAUGCAAGUAUUGGAUUGACCGCCAACCCUGUUGUUAAUCUUGCUGGUGUGGUUGGAACUAAAGCUCUCUCUGUUGGUGCUGAUGUCUCAUUCGAUACUGCAACUGGGAACUUCACCAAGUACAAUGCUGGGUUGAGCGUCACCAAUGCGGAUCUUGUUGCAGCCUUGACUCUGAACAACAAAGGAGAUAGCCUGGGUGCCUCCUACUACCACCUGGUGAGCCCUUUGUCAGCAGUGGGUGCAGAGCUGACCCACAGCUUCGCGAGCAGCGAGAACACCCUCACUUUUGGGACACAGCAUCAAUUGGACCCUCUCACAACCGUAAAGGCUCGCUUCAACAAUUAUGGCAAGGCAAGUGCACUCAUCCAACAUGAGUGGAGGCCCAAAUCGUUCCUCACCAUCUCAACAGAGGUCGACACCAAAGCGAUCGAGAAGAGCUCCAAGGUCGGCUUAUCUUUGGUUCUCAAGCCUUGAUUUGGCUUCUUUGUUAAACUUGGAAUGAUCUUCCAUUUCAGCUGUGAUGGAAUGGAAUAAAUUGGAAAGAACUAGGAGUUUAGGACCUAAGGUUGUUUGGUGACAUCAUUUUGAUACUGUGAACUUGUUAUUUUUACCAUAGUAUCUGUUGUCUAAUCCAAAGCGGACAUUGCCUUUUCGCAGUCUUGCUAUCCAAAUUCGAGAGAUUCAGUGAUUGGUCUUUAAUUCUGACAUCUUUUCUUUUCCCAGUAAAUGGUAUUUGGCUUAGAGCAGAAUCUUUAUAUA